AUGUUACCAUCAAAAGUCGAACAUGUUGGGCAUUUGUAUAGUGUGCAAAGCCAUAUGGUUAUCGAAGGGUUCCUUUGGCUUAUGUAUAAUGCAAAAAGAAAUCAAGAACGAUAUGUUCAAGCAAUGAAUGAAAUAUUAGGUGAUACCAACAUCAACCCAAUUAAGUUUCUCGUGAAUAAUAUGAGCACUCCUUCGUAUUUGGCACAAGGUGAAACUGUAUUUCGAUUAGGUGAGCUGUUCGAAUUGAUUAUCUGUAAAUUCUUUCGUGCCAUAUCAAUUGCAGCGGAAUGCAUUCGUUUAUUGCUGAUUGACAGUAGUAACAUGAAGGAUACAAGGGCAGUCGAAAAUCAUCUCGCACGAAUGAUUGAAAUAGCAACGAUCAUGACACCGACGUCGAAUUCUACUGCAGUCGAAGCUCUAAGUUUGCGUUUUAAAGAACCGUUUUAG